AUGUGGCGCCCCAAUAGCCCCAUAGAGCUUCGAAGCGGUCGUCUUGUUUGCGCCUCUCACCAUCUUGCCGUAUGCCCGAUAUGCUGUGUCGAUUACAGCUUCAUGGAUGAAGUCCUAGGUCUCGACUCGAUGGAUGAGGAAGAUGGUGAACCCAUCUCGGAUGGCUCCGGUGAAUCGCUCCCAGAUCUUAUUCCUGUUGAGGGCAGCGAAGUCCACGGCCGCAUAACAGCCAUUAAUUUCACGUCGUUCCCCUUCCCAUACACUGGCAGGAACCUGAGGGAGGGAACUGGUCGGGUAAUGCUCGAGAGGUUCAAACCGCCCAGAAACACGGAUACCCCCCAGCUGUUUUUUCCUUCUGGGGUUAGUGUCAACUCAAGCCCUCGCGUUAACUGA